UCUCUCUCUCUCUUUCUCUCUUCCUCUGCCUCAUCUCCGACCUCGUGGGAUUUCCUGCUUUCUUGCAACUUGAGCCAACCUCCUCAAAGCUGCAAAGCAAGAUCCCCAGACCGACGAUCGCUUCUUGAGACGUUUAUUUAGUCGACCAUCUUCCGCUUUCGUCGAUUCACGCAUCCGAGGUUUUUGGGUUCAGUCUUACACGGACAACACCAAUAAAUUAUACACACUCACACACAAAUACAUCAACAACAUGGUCUUCUCACUCCGCAAGGCCUUCGCGGCCCUUCUCGCCACAACCGCAACAGUCUACGCCCUCCCCUCAGACUCCUCAUCAACAGAAUCGACGGUAAACACAACCACCCUCGCCGCCACCUCCUCAAACUCAACAGUCUGCAACAACUCCCCGUCCCUUUGCAGCCGCAAGUACAACAACAUCACCCACAUGGGCGCCCACGACAGCGCCUUCCUCCGCGACGCCAGCACCUCAAACUCCAUCGCCGGUAACCAGUACUACAACGCCACCGUCGCCCUCAACUCGGGUCUGCGCCUGCUCCAGGCCCAGGUCCACCUCGUCAACGGCACUUCGGGCAGCGUCCUCCAGCUCUGCCAUACCACCUGCAGCCUGCUCGACGCCGGCACCCUCGAGAACUGGCUCUCCGCCGUCAAGGACUGGAUGGACAAGCACACCGACGACGUCGUCACCAUCCUCCUCGUCAACUCAGACAACCAGGCCGCCUCGGCCUUUGGAAAAGUCUUUGAGUCCUCGGGCAUCUCCAAAUACGGCUACAAGCCCUCCACCUCCUCCGCGACCUCGAGCUGGCCCACCCUCCAGACCAUGAUCUCCGCAGACACCCGGCUCGUCACGUUCGUCGCCUCCAUCACCGCCGACACGGACUACCCCUACCUCCUCCCCGAGUUCGCCUAUGUCUUUGAGACGGCCUACGAAGUCACCUCCGCCGCCGGCUUCAACUGCACAAUCGACCGGCCAUCAACCUACUCCACCGCCGCCGCCGCCGUCACGGCAAACAUGCUGCCUCUCAUGAACCACUUCCAGUACCAGACCCUCGCCACCGACAUCCUCAUCCCGGACGUCAGCGACAUCGAUACCACGAACUCGGCCUCCACCAGCACGGCGGGCAACCUCGGCCUCCACGCGCAGACGUGCAAGAGCCAGUGGGGCACCAAGCCCGUCUUCAUCCUCGUUGACUUCUUCAACAAGGGCCCUGCCAUUGACGCCGCCGAUAAUCUCAACGGCCUCUCUUCGUCCGACAUCUCGGGCCGCAGCAGCAGUAACAGCGCCACCGCGAGCUCAAGCAGCGGCAAGUCUGCCGGCAGAGCGCCCGGCGGUAUGGAGACUGGCGCGCUCGUCGCGUUCCUCGCCGCCGCCGUGUUCUUGUUUUAAGGGGUCGUCUCUGUCUCUGAUUGUCAGGGUCCGAGCCAAAGGGGAUGUGACACUUUUCAUGCGACAACCUCAUGAACAGAGUGUCUGUGUGUGUCCGCUCAAAGGGACAUAUCUCGGAUGAACACUAAGAUUCCCCCUCUUGUUUUCUUUUUUUCUUCUUUUUUUCCAACAAAAAGAUGCAUAGCGACGGCGUUCUAUUAUG